GGGUUUAUCAAUUUCAUCGGUUUCAGAUCAAACAUACGUGAAAUAGUACGCUUUUUGCGAUAAAAAGUGAUAUAAAGUGGUACAAAAUAAGACAAGGACAAAUGUUUUGCUAUGGGAUCAAAUGGCAAAUGCUCUUCCAGAUGCAAGAAGUUUCAAUUUGAUUGGUCCAUCCGUCUCGGAGUAAGAAGCAAGACAAAAUGUUUCUGUUUAAAAAAAAAAAACGGGUAAAAAAUGACAAAUCACAAAAUGUUUCUUUUACGCGACCAACUGGAAGAAAUAUUCGAUAAGAUGCAAGAGGUUUCACUCCGAUUCAUCAAGCCAUCUCGGCGUAAUCGGUGAACAGACAUUUAAAAAAAAAAAUACAUGUCGAAUUGAGUAACCUCCUCCUUUUCGAAGUCGGUUAAAAAGAAGGUUCUACCGAUACGGCUCGCCACACGGAAGAUGGAGAGACAUGUCAAUUUGCUGUAUUUAGAAGGAGCAGACGGCAUGGAACAUUUCGCGUGGAUAAAAAACUUGUCCCGCCUCGUGAGCUCACAAUUGAGUAACCAUAAACGCAGAAAAUACUUUUGCGAUAGAUGCUUGCACUACUUUAGUUCGAGUGAGAAGCUGGAAGCUCACACCGUAGAUUGCAACAAGCUGAACGAAUGCGUAAUCGUAUUACCAGAUGAUAAAAGCAAGUGGCCCAGCUUCGACAACUACAUCCGGAAAGAGCGACUUCCAUUUGUAGUGUACGCCGACCUCGAGUGCACUCUGGAGAAAACUGAUCGAGAAGCGCCAAGAUCCACAUACCAGCAUUGUAAAAUACCAUCCUACGACCCGAACUCUCAUUGUCUCUGCGUCGCCGGUGAAGUAUAUUGUUGGUGGCAAAAUUACAAUCCAAGCACCGAUCCCUCCGCGGGCCCCUUGUACCUCCCAUCGACGACGAUAGAAAGUAAUUACACACCGUCGCUGGAGGAAAGCACGGAUGUCGUCGACAGUUUGGAGGCUUCCGGUGAUCCAGAAGAGGAGCCUUCUGCCGUGCAACAAGAAUACAUCGAAAUUAACGCGACGUACUCGACUACUUUCCAGCCAGCGCCGACUACGUGUCUCGUGAUGGGAAGAAAAUACCGAGAAGGGGAAACACUGCCGCACUCAACCGGAAACUGCAUCGAGUGCAGCUGCGGAUCCGAAGGCCGAGUCGAAUGCUCACCACGGGACUGCGUGGCCCUUCGACCCGAGAUACCAGUUGCGCCGGAUAUCCCAGAUGCACCCGACGGGGAUUUUGAAGUGUUCAAUUUCGAUCGAGGAAUUGACGAGAGUUUCUAAGGAAUCCAAUAAUAACGAUCAUUGUCCGUUCGAUGCAUUCCUCAAAUGCGUUUCACACGCAACUUGGUUUUGGUUUAUGGGGGCAAACACAUCUGGGAGACUGUAAAACCUGACCACUGUUCGUGAUUCUUUUCCCAACCAAACGAAUGAAUUUAUAAAAUCAGAAUUUUGGUCGUUGGUAAAUACAUCUGUUAAGAGUUUUUCGAUAGCUUGUUUAUCAGAAAAUAUUUGUAAACAUCUGAGAUAUGGUCAUUGAUCUAAUAUCACAUGUUUUCGAUGGAGUGGUUUGCAGUGCCAGGUGUAUUUUUCAUAACAUGCAACUGAAUAUAAUAGCAACAUAGAUUUAUUAAAGUUUAAGAAUAAUUCGAGUCUCUCUGAUUUUGUGAAAAUUAACUAUUGACCAAUUGAUAUCUCGAGCUAAAAUAGGAAUUUUUCAAGCAAAUAUCGCUGAUUGCCUAACGAAUAAAAAGCGAUUUCUGGAUUUUUAAUACAAGAUAUUAUAAAGAGUUAUGGAUAGAUUAUAGAAUAACUGUUACUCGCUACCUGAAUAAUAACUGAAUGGUAUUCUGUCUUUAUAUGUUUAUAGGACAUUAGUCUAUGAUCGUUCUUUUAAGAAUAGACCAAAAAGAAAUCGAUUUGCUUUACCCUCCAUUGUGUGUAUGCCCCCUGGGUAUAUUUUUCAUCCGACAACCUCGUUGAUCAAUACAAAUUUAUUUUAUUUAUCCUAGCAAACGAAACGGCAUUUUCAAUAGCUGCUCAAUUGAAGCGUAAAGUUACUUCGAUUUUAAACGUAAAAUUGAAAAAAGAAGAGAUAAGGAUAGAUACUUAUAGGAACAAAGUUCAUUUCAGUAAAAACGUAAGUUGUUCUUUGGAGAUACUUUUAAUCGGUAUUUUUUUAUGCAAGGUUAAUAUGCAAGGUUAUUAAGUUUAGGAGCGUGCAACUCGAAUGGAGCGAAUUAAUUUAUAAGGGUGUAGAAAUGCGGAUAUGAUAAACGAAAUCUGAUCUGAAAUUAACCCCUCGCGCGCCGAGAUAUGUCUAGUCCUGUACAAUCAAAUUUUGUAAUACAUUUCUGAAAACUAGUAAAGGAAAAUAACCUUUAGCAAUUUCAGUCAGACAUUGUAUUUUAUAAUUUUCGUAUGAUCUAUUUCAAACAAUGUAGACUGAGACUACGUAGAUAUACGUAUUUCAAUUGUAACCAAGUACUCGACUUCCUCUAUUUCUUUUAUCAUUGCGAUUGAGGAAAUCACCCUUAAGGGUGCGGAGGACCCAGAGCCGAACUUCGAGUUGACUUCAGCGACAGUUGCGGAAAAAGUAGGAAACUCCGGGAUAA